AUAAGCUCUCUUUGGGCCUAAUCAAAGUGUUUCAGGAGCAGGAAGAACGUCACUGACUGUUGCAGACACAGUGCUACGCCCGGGGACAACUCAAACCAGAGGCGGCCCCUGCCCUGGCGAUAGAAACCCGAUCCUGCCUGAGUUUGGUUCUUGCUCAUUGACUGGCCUCUCCCCUCUCCUUCUGGAUGAUGUCAGAACAGGAUCUGGCGGAUGUGGUGCAGAUUGCAGUGGAAGACCUGAGUCCUGAUCACCCAGUUGUGCUGGAGAACCACGUCGUAACAGAUGAAGAUGAACCAGCUUUGAAACGCCAGCGACUAGAGAUCAAUUGCCAGGACCCCUCUAUAAAGUCAUUCCUGUAUUCCAUUAACCAGACCAUAUGCUUGCGAUUGGAUAGCAUUGAGGCCAAGCUGCAAGCUCUCGAGGCGACGUGUAAAUCGCUGGAAGAAAAGCUGGAUCUGGUCACGAACAAGCAGCACAGCCCCAUCCAGGUCCCCAUGGUGGCAGGCUCCCCUCUCGGCGCGACGCAGACGUGCAACAAAGUGCGAUGCGUCGUCCCCCAGACUACAGUAAUACUCAACAGUGAUCGGCAGAACGCCAUUGUAGCCAAGAUGGACGACCCCUUGAGCAACAGGGCGCCGGAUUCCCUGGAAAAUAUCAUUAGCAACGCGGUUCCCGGGCGUCGGCAGAACACCAUUGUGGUGAAGGUGCCGGGUCAAGAAGACAGCCACAACGAGGACGGGGAGAGCGGGUCCGAGGCCAGCGACUCCGUCUCCAACUGCGGCCAGUCGGGAAGUCAGAGCAUCGGCAACAACGUCACCCUCAUCACCCUGAACUCUGAAGAGGACUACCCCAACGGCACCUGGCUGGGGGAUGAGAACAACCCCGAGAUGCGGGUGCGCUGCGCCAUCAUUCCCUCCGACAUGCUCCACAUCAGCACCAACUGCCGCACGGCCGAGAAGAUGGCGCUGACGCUGCUGGACUACCUCUUCCAUCGGGAGGUGCAGGCUGUGUCCAACCUCUCGGGCCAGGGGAAGCACGGCAAAAAGCAGCUCGACCCCCUCACCAUCUACGGGAUCCGGUGUCACCUGUUCUAUAAAUUCGGAAUCACAGAAUCUGACUGGUAUCGGAUCAAACAGAGCAUCGACUCCAAGUGUCGGACAGCCUGGCGCCGAAAACAGCGAGGCCAGAGCCUGGCCGUCAAGAGCUUCUCCAGGAGAACACCGUCCUCGUCCUCGUACAGCACUUCAGAGACCAUGAUGAGCACGCCGCCACCUGCCACGGAGCUGCAGCAGCCCCCGCAGCAGGCCCUGCACUACGCCCUGGCCAACGCCCAGCAGGUCCAGAUCCACCAGAUCGGAGAGGACGGCCAGGUCCAAGUAAUCCCACAGGGUCACCUCCACAUCGCCCAGGUGCCUCAAGGGGAGCAGGUGCAGAUCACGCAGGACAGUGAGGGCAAUCUACAGAUACACCACGUGGGACAGGAUGGGCAGUGCGUACUCCCCUCUGGAACACCCGUGGACAUUCCUGUCGUCUUCCAUGAGGGUCUGACGUCUGCUAUGAAGGGGACGUGGAGAAUGUGCAUUCCUGGACUCGGAAAUGAAGGGACGGCCCCACCCCUUGGGUUUUCUCUUGGAUCCUCAGAGCACCUUGGGAGAAGUGUGACAGACCUUAAAGCAUUUGCUUAAAUUGGAGUUUCCUAGUUUGAAAGUUUCUUGAACAUACACAUGAGGUUUUAAUCAGAGUCUUGAAGCAGUGUUAAUAUACAAAUAUAACAUAGCUGCCUUGGAAAAUAGCCAAAAAGCCCAAGAAAUGCAAAAUUAAAGCAAACCCACAGUUGUUUCUUGUGAGCUGGGGCUGUCUUGGUGACAAGGCUGUGGGCCAGGCCCGGGAGCCGUCGGCUCUCAGCCGGUUUCCUCGGCGUGUUUCUCUUGCUCAGGGUAGAUGUCCUGUCUAGGGCGGGAGAGGGCAGGGUCGUCAUCAGUAAUUCUCAUCAGCAGUAGUAGCUUUCUCUUUGUUUUUGACAAUUUAGUGAUUCCUAUUUAUACUGGAAGUGAAAUUUUAUUCUAAUUAAAAUGUUGCUAAACUUUAAUUCAUGAGAAAAGUAGGUGUGUUGCCUUUGAUUUUCCCUUUCUGUCUGUCUCUAUUUCUGAGCAAAAUUCCACUGGGGAUUUUUGAAAUAGAGUCAGGUUUUUAGAUUACGUUAGUAUUACGUUACUGUGCACAAUUACAAACGACACCAUCCCACAUAGAUCAUGACGGCAGAGAGUCCAGCUUUUGUGGGCAGGUACGGCAGGCACACGAGCUCCUGCCCAGUUCCCAACUCAGGAGGGACUCCCAGAGUUUACGUUGGAAGAGCUACCUUCCGAAAAUUCUCCGAGUGCUUUCUGUGCUGCCCCUUCCUUCACCCUCAGCCCACGCUGCCACCUCGCUGAAGUUCACCAGCGCAACUCGUCAGUCCGUCCCACCCGGCAGUCACCUGCCGAUGCUUGAUGUUUGUUCUUUUGCUCCCUCAUCCAAGGCCCCACUAACUCCUCUUAGCAGCCUCUCCACAAAAUAAUAAAACUACUGUACGACCACUCUCUAUGUUGCUACAUAGAUGAUAACUUGUUAAUCAUCUGAUUGUUUUUCUCUGUAAUGUCUCGUCCUGCCUUCCCACCUCCUCCUGAUUCCGUUGUCAGUCACCUCUGCAG